GCUGCUGCCCGGCCCGGCCCGCUCGGCUCGUCCCGGCCGUGGGCAAGCGGGACCGGCGGGCUCCGGGAGCGGUGAGUGCGGCCGCGGGCCGGGCUCGGUCUGCUGGCGGCGGGGGAGCAGCGCCGGAGCUGCCACGAGCCGGGAUUUCCUGCCCGUGUGUCGCCCGGGGAUGCCGGGCUGGAGCCUCCCGGCUGCCGGGCCCGAGUGCGGGAGCCUCGUCCGGCGGCGCUCGGGGCCGCAGGAGACUCCGGGAACCUGCCCCGCGCGGAAACUAACACCGCCCGUCUGUUUACGGGGAGAAAUCGGGUUUGUGUACAAGGAGAGCGUCAGGGUGCGUUGCUGCUGUGGAAGCAGGCGGUGCCGCUGCCUGUGCAGCCGUGCAGGGCCCGGUGCGGGGUGAGCCUCGGCUGGUGCUCACAGCCCACUCGGGAGCUCGGCCUUGCCGGUGCCGGGGCUCGGAGCCUUUGUCUUUCGUCUCCGCGCUUUGCUCACGAAAGCAGCCUACAAAAACAGAUAUAUCUGUUCAACUCUCAAGGUGUGGAUGAUCAUGGGAGAGCAACUGUUAAAGGACAGCAUCCUUGAUCAAUUUAUUAAUAGCCAUGAACAGUCAUAUGAAGAGUUUCUAAAUACUUUCACAUAUCUUUUGAAAGAGAAAGAGGAAAAGACAAUUCAGGGAAGUAAAGUGGACUCCUUAAGAAAAGAAUGUUCUACUGUUGAAUUACCAAACAGGAAUAAACAGGAUGGCUCACCUGAAAGAAGCAAAGAAAUGUGGGUGUCAUUUUCACCACGGAUGCCAAAUGAGAAUGAGACAGUGAUGAGUGAGAGCUCAACAGCUGGUGCCUCUGAUGGAAGUAAUCUCGGUCUGUCUGAAAGACUGAAGGUGGACAAGUACUUACACUUGGAAGAUGUAGACACAGAUGAAGAGACAUGCAGUGCAGGGUCAUUAGUUCUCCCAGGAGAGGUGGAAGAGACAGUGCCUUGCUGUACACCCUUCUUUGAUAAGCCUGUUCAGCCAAAGUUCAGAGCCCUGUCAGUUCCCCAGCCAUCUGACAGCAAAGCCCAAGAGCUACUGGGUGAUGAUGUUCAGCCAUUCUCACUUGAUGAAGAAUUUGAUUAUGACAAUGUGGCACUGACCCCUAAGUUCUCUGAAGCUGAGCUGAAGGCCAUUAUUGAGUUGUCUGAAGAGAAAAGGGGCACAGAUGUCAAAUCAGGACAAGCUGAAGACUGAGUCAAGGGUGUUCUGUGCAGGGCUGUUGGAAUGACCUUUUUAUGGGAUGAAUGUAGCUCCUGGUUGUACCCUCAUUUAGUGUUCUUACCUGCAUGGUCACUAAAUGGCAUCCCUGAGAUUUGUCAUUUAUUCUGUCAAGGUGCCUUGGAUCCUGUACUGUCUCAGGAUUAAGUGUGCUGGAGUAACUUCUCCAUAGGAGCAAAACAAGCUGGUGGAUUUCAGAAUGGCAUCGUGGCUGCUCUUUUAUCUGGUACUGACUCGGUUCCUGAGUAGUGCAAAGCUGGUCCUAAAGCUGUCUUUUACCUCAUUCUCUCAGUAAUGCAAUUAAGAGUUUUUAAUAGCUGACAAAUCAGUCUGUGAACUCUUUAAAUGUAUAGAGAUGCAUGAGUAAAUAAAUCUGGGAAUAUUUUUUUUCUCUGUCUUUUGAGUUACUUUAGUUCUGCAAAAAAUAAACAUUCCUGUUUCCAACAAACUUUUUGUGUUGAUCAAAAUUGACGUGAUACAACUCCUAAAAUUAAAACAGUAACUGCUCAAACCACUCUCCCCCUUCCACACAGAGGGAAAAAUAGUGAUCUCAUCCAUUAAAGGAAUUGGCAUUGAAAGGCUGUCAGAUUUUACAUUUUUUCACAGGAGAUGAUUCCAAAUAACAGUUUAUAGCUUACGGUCUGCAUCACUGAAAUGCAGCAAGCUGGAGUUGAGUAAAGAUCAGCAGUAUGGGUGGGAGAGAAGAGUGUGCAUCUCUAACACAAGGUAGUAUGUACUCCUCUGAAGAGUUUAGGAUCCUUUGUUCAGCUAACUGUAGAAGCUUUGCUGGUGAGGCUUGGUUUAGCAUCACAAUGCUGCAUUGUAUUUUCGGUCUUUUCUGGUAGAACUGCAUUCAUUAAAGUUUACUGACCAACA